AUGGACACCAGCUAUCUGUCUCAACAGGUGACGACCAUCAUCGAGCGCCUGCAUGGCUUCUUCGACGAGAUUGGCGUGCCCAGUCAUGAGCGCGAUUCACGCGAGUCGGAGCUCUUCUCCGCCCUCUCCGAAACCCUACACAACCAACUCAACCUCGUCGCGAAAGAGAAACACGACCUCACAGAGGAAGCGCAACGUCUCGUCAAGACCAUUCGCCAGAUGGAGCGCUCCCUCGACGACACCCGACCCGACGAUGACUUUGACGCCGAACGCGAUGGACUGCAAGUCACUUUUCCUCUGCUCGACUGUAUCCAACAUCUGAAAGAGAAGCACCACGCCAUCUCCAAAUUACAUCGCGAGCGCUACGAGCAGGUCAAGAAGCUGGUGGAAGCGCUCGAGUCAUACGCCUCACAUCUCGAGCCGGCGUUUGUCGGCAUCAAACUUCCCCCCACCGCUCCGAAUGCCAAAAUCCCUCCCAACUUCGACCUGUCCCCGACAUACGUGGGCAAGCUGGACAAUGAGUUCACCCGAGUAUACGAAGAGUACAACAAGCGCGUCAAUACGGUCACGCAAACGGCGGACGAAAUCAUCAGCCUGUGGUCGGAACUCGGCACACCUCAGGCACAAGUCGACAGUCAGAUUGUGCAGUUUGCGCGAGAAGCACCAGAGCAGCUGGGUCUGCAUCAGGAUGAUCUCAAGCGACUGGCAUCAAAGCGGGACAAGCUGCUCGCGGAGAAGUCACAACGCGAGAAGCGAUUGAAGGAGCUCAAGACGACCAUCGAAGGCCUCUGGGAUCGUCUCGGUAUCGAAGAUUCGGAACGGAAGCAAUUCCUGUCAGCAAACCGCGGAUGUGGCCUACGCACCAUCAACGAGUACGAAGACGAGCUGUCGCGGCUGAACGAGCUCAAGAAGCAAAACCUCCAUCUGUUUGUCGAGGAUGCGCGAUUCAAGCUUCAGGAGCUGUGGGACAGCCUGUACUUCUCGGAAGAGGAGAUGCUCGACUUUGCCCCAGCUUUCUCCGACGUCUACUCUGAUGCUCUGCUCUCCGCGCACGAACAGGAAAUCGCACGGCUAGAGGCGUUGAAGGGCCAGCGUGCGCCGAUUCUGGCUGCGGUGGAGAAGCAUCGAAGUCUCAUCAAAGACCGCGAGGAUCUAGAGAAGAGCAGCAACGACGCCAGCCGACUGAUGGCCAAAGGCGCCAAAUCGGGCGAGAAGCGCGAUCCCGGAAAGUUGUUGCGAGAGGAGAAGAUGCGCAAGCGCAUUACAAAGGAGCUGCCCAAAGUGGAGGCCGAGCUGAAGAAGACUCUAGAGGCGUGGGAGGAAGAAUACGGCAGGCCGUUCUGCGUGCACGGCGAGCCAUACCUGGAGGAACUCGAGGCAAGGCCGGCCAAAGCACCGCCUGCUAGAAGCAAGACGCCGAAUGCGCUGGCGCCGGCGAGAGACGCGCCCAAGAGCGCCGCAAAAUCACAGCCACCCAGCAGGAAUGGAACGCUGAGAGGCGCUCCGCCGCCGUCGAGGAGUAAGACUCCCACCGCUGCGCUGAGUAGGAGUCAGCUGGCCGCGUCGACAAUGCGCCUCACGGCCUCCACCACAACCACCACGCACGCCGCCAAAACCAGCCCCUCCAAAAUCCCCGGCGCCAGUCGCCUGCCCAUGAGCGCCAUGCGCGACGGCCACAACUCCCCCGAACGCCGCCCCAAAGCCGCGCCUCAAGCAGCAACCUCCACCCGCCUAGGCACAGCAAGAACCGCCCCCCCGCCGCCCAAAAUGAAAGACCUCUUCAUCCCUCCCACGCCCACACCAACCUACGACAAAGAAAACGCGCCCCAUCCCGACCGCAGCGCAAGUGUAGUCCGACACGUCGACCCCGAAGACCCCUAUCACGACAUGUACGCCACGAAACAGCACCCCUCCCAACACCGCCUCCAGCCUAUGCCUCCUCCCCCCUCUCAUCGAGCAGCUUACACCGCCCACAAGCCCCCACCUAGAUCCGAUUACCCCCUUGCCCCUCCCUCCCGGCACCCGAGUAAUACAUCUUCCGUUGCGUCUGCUGGCGCCAGCAGCGUGGUGAUGGUCUGCGGGAGUGAGAAUUGGGAGUCGUACACGGAUACGUCGGAGACGGAGGAGGCGGAGGGAUAUGCGCGAGCGCCUUCCCAGCAGCAGCAGGGAUCCAAGCGGCCGGCGCCGGGUUGGGAGGAGAGGAGCGCGGGUGGGGUGAAGAGGGUGCAGCGGGAGCAGUUUGCGCCACAGCAGCAGCAGUAUGAGAGGAUCAGCGAGGGGGUUUGGACGGAUGAUGGGGAGGGGGUGGAGACGUUUUGA